AUGGCCAACACUGCUCCCAAAGUAGCUGAGAAAGAGCGGCGCGAGUCUCCGAGCAUGGUGGACGAGAAAGCUCAAGAUCUUGUUGACCAAAUCAAGAGGAGCAAGCACUUCAUCGUCUUCACUGGCGCAGGCAUCUCCACGUCCGCCGCGUGUCAACUGCCAUCAUACUUUGAACGGGACGAAAGCUCAUGUGCGAACCCAGGUAUUCCCGAUUUUCGAGGGCCGGAGGGCGCCUGGACUUUGAGAGCUCAGAGGCGAAAGAGGACAGAGAAGACGGUCAGCACGCUGCAGGCUGUUCCGACGAAGACACACAUGGCGCUUGUUGAGCUACAGAAUCAGGGUAUUUUGAAGUACCUGGUCAGUCAGAACUGCGAUGGACUGCAUCGAAAGAGUGGCAUAUUACCCGAUAGGAUAUCGGAGCUUCAUGGCAACAGCAAUAGGGAGUACUGUAAAGACUGCGGCAAAGAGUAUCUACGCGCAACCUACGAAAAGACCGUACACGACCACCGCACCGGUCGCAAGUGUGCCGUGUGCGCCGGCGUCCUCCUUGACACAAUCGUCAACUUUGGCGAGUACCUCCCUACAGAGCCGCUCCAAUUGGCGCGCGACCACGCCAAGAAGGCGGACCUCUGCCUCGCUCUCGGCUCAUCCCUCACUGUUCCUCCUGCAUGCACGAUCCCCGAAUCCAUGGGCAAGAAGAAGCGUAGCCGCGCGAACCCCGACGGCGGGCGGCUGGUGGUGUGUAACCUUCAGAGCACACCAUUAGAUCAUCUGUCUGAGCUAAGGCUGUGGGCUGAGACGGAUGAUUUGAUGGUUAGGGUGAUGACAAAGCUGGGUUUGGAGAUUCCCGAGUUCGUUUUGAGGCGGAGGUUGUUAGUCGAAGUCGAGGCCGUUGGUGAGGAUAGGUUCCAGGUUGGAGUCCAGGGGGUUGAUGUCGAUGGGACACCAGCUACGUUUCUUCAGUCUGUGAGGAUGGAGGGGAGUCGGCGAGUGGUGAAGGCUGAGCCGUUUGCGAUCUCAUUCCGGAGAGAGUCGGGUGGUGAGAUGGAGGUGAAGCUGGAGCUGGAGUUCAUGGGUCACUAUGGCGAGCCGAAUUUGGAAUUGGUUCAAACGUAUACCGGCGAGGGAAAGUCGGAGGCUAUGUACUUGCUCGAGUACAACCCAUCAAAUGGCGAGUGGAAGGUGAGGCAGCAAGAAGGCGAUGUUUCUGUUGAAAGUGGUGGCGGAAUGGAGCGGGAUGAGGAGAGGGAGGACUCGUUGAUGAUUUCGGCCGAGGAGGCGGGGGUUCCUAGCCAUGUUAUCCCUUCAUCCGCCGCAAGCGAUAUCAUCGACCUCACGUCGUCUCCAUAG